CAUCUUUUGAUUUUUAGUGUUCGGGGGAUACCAGAGGUUCUCCCACUUGAGGCAUCGAGACUGAAGUUUGUUCUCUAAGUCAUACAGGUUAAAUACAGAACAAGUCUGAUGUUCCUGAGGACAGGCUGUACGUCCUUCAGUACCUUGGUAUAAUUAGGUACCUCCAUGAAGAUCUGGAUCUUCUCUCACAUUCUGUAGAGGACAAUGUAUCCUUGCUUUUCUAUACAGAAGAUGUUUUGAUCCUGUGUUUGUGAUGCCAGAGUGCUGGAGAAAAUGAUAAUGGAAGCAGGAUUUUAAAUAGAGGGUAGAGGAAGAUUAGCCCUGGUGGAAUUGCAUUUGAAGAACUUCUACACAGUUGCUGAUUGUAGAGAACAGGAGAGACUGAAUAGGCUAGCUGGUACAGAAGAGCUGCAGAGAUUAGUACAGAUUCUUUAAGGUGCAAUCCACGCCAUCAGCACUCGUAGAACCUAAUGUUCCAACAGGACUACUUGGUGCUUUCCUAAUUUCCAGGGGUGCUGCCCUCUCUAUCAGAAAUAGUCCUGUUGCUGUACAGCUUCAAAUUCCAUAAAUUUCAGUUUAACUACUAUAUAAAAGUCAUUAGCAAUCUGGAAGCAAUGGGGAUUGGUAAGAACACUACGUCUAAAGCAGUGGAGACUGGAAGCUCAACAGAAGGCAAAUAUGAAGAUGAGUCUAAACAUCCGGCUUUUUUCACUCUCCCUGUUGUGAUAAACGGUGGAGCAACAUCCAGUGGUGAUCAGGAUACAGAGGACACAGAGCUCAUGGCAAUUUACACCACAGAAAAUGGCAUAGCUGAAAAGAGCUCUCUGGCGGAGACGUUGGACAGCAGUGGAAGUUUAGACGCACAGAGAACUGACAUGAUAUACACAAUUGAGGAUGUUCCCCCUUGGUACCUCUGCAUAUUCUUAGGGUUACAGCACUACCUGACAUGUUUUAGUGGAACCAUAGCAGUACCCUUUUUGCUAGCUGAUGCCAUGUGUGUUGGGUUUGACCAGUGGGCUACCAGCCAACUGAUUGGGACCAUUUUCUUCUGUGUGGGAAUCACUACUUUAUUACAAACAACUUUUGGGUGCAGGUUACCCUUAUUUCAAGCCAGUGCUUUCGCUUUCUUAGCACCUGCCCGAGCUAUUCUCUCUUUGGAGAAGUGGAAAUGUAAUAACACAGCAAUAGCGGUUACUAAUGGAACAGCAGAGCUGCUUCACACCGAACAUAUCUGGUAUCCCAGGAUACGAGAGAUUCAAGGUGCUAUUAUCAUGUCCUCCUUGAUAGAAGUGGUGAUUGGUUUCCUUGGGCUUCCUGGAGCUCUGCUGAGAUAUAUUGGACCUCUGACGAUUACACCGACGGUGGCCCUCAUUGGUCUGUCUGGUUUCCAGGCAGCUGGGGAGAGAGCAGGCAAACACUGGGGUAUAGCUAUGUUAACUAUUUUCCUAGUAUUGCUGUUUUCUCAGUAUGCCAGGAAUGUCAAAUUUCCUUUACCGAUUUACAAAUCCAAAAAAGGAUGGACAGCUUACAGGCUGCAGCUCUUCAAAAUGUUUCCUAUUAUUUUAGCUAUCCUGGUGUCAUGGUUGCUUUGCUUCAUCUUUACUGUGACUGACGUCUUUCCCCCCGACAGCGCAAAGUAUGGCUUCUAUGCUCGCACAGAUGCAAGACGAGGAGUGCUGUUAGUGGCACCGUGGUUUAAGGUCCCUUAUCCUUUUCAGUGGGGAUUGCCAACAAUUUCAGCUGCAGGAGUAAUAGGGAUGCUUAGCGCAGUUGUUGCUAGCAUUAUUGAAUCAAUUGGAGAUUACUACGCCUGUGCGAGGCUGUCUUGUGCUCCUCCUCCACCUAUUCAUGCAAUAAAUAGAGGGAUUUUCAUUGAGGGUCUUUCCUGUGUUCUGGAUGGAGUAUUUGGUACUGGAAAUGGAUCCACUUCUUCUAGCCCCAACAUUGGAGUUCUGGGCAUCACUAAGGUUGGAAGCCGCCGGGUUAUUCAGUAUGGUGCAGCCUUCAUGCUCCUACUUGGAAUGGUUGGGAAGUUCAGUGCACUGUUUGCAUCCCUGCCUGACCCAGUGCUUGGUGCCCUCUUCUGCACUCUUUUUGGAAUGAUUACAGCUGUGGGGCUGUCCAACCUCCAGUUCAUAGACUUAAAUUCUUCCCGUAACCUCUUUGUACUUGGAUUUUCCAUCUUCUUUGGACUUGUCCUUCCAAGUUACCUCAAACAAAAUCCACUGGUUACAGGAAUAGCAGGCAUUGACCAAGUGUUAAAUGUUCUUCUGACUACAGCCAUGUUUGUUGGAGGCUGCGUGGCCUUUAUUUUGGAUAAUACCAUUCCAGGAAGUCCAGAGGAGAGAGGAAUCCGGAAGUGGAAGAAAGGAGUGGGUAAAGGAAGCAAGUCCCUGGAUGGCAUGGAAACUUACGAUUUGCCCUUUGGCAUGAACUUUAUCAAAAAGUACAGAUGCUUCAGCUUCUUGCCCAUCAGUCCUACCUUCAUGGGUUACACAUGGAAAGGCUUCAGGAAAAGCAGUAACUGCAGGAGUUCAGACGAAGACUCUGCAGCUACCGUAUAGCCUUAGUUGAAAUGAUAUUAUCUAGUUGUAGUAAGAGAUGUAUUUGCAGUUUCUUGCUGAUUUAAGAAGCAUUAAAAUAUAUGUUUUGUAUAUUUGCAUUUAAAUUCUGGAACCAGAGCUGAGACGGAUUUAAAAAAAAAAAAAAAAAAAAA